CAAGAUUGGUCAAGACGUUACGAACUCCUUGGUGAAACAAAAGUGGUUUUAAAAAGUUUAAAUAAUUCCAAAAAUAUACCAGCAGGUUUUUUUGACGAGAUUAAACAUCAGAUAAAUUCUUUAGGAGUAGGA